GAGGCCGAUGCAUUUGCAUGCCUGUGUCUGUGUGUGACUGACUGGCUCGUAGAUGAUCCUGACGUGUCAUCUAAUCUGUUCGUCCGCUCUCGCGUCCCGACAUAUAUCCCCACCUUUCUAAUUUUUCUCUCCUUAGUCCUUCCUUCUAGGCUUCUCUUCUCCCUUCACCUAGGGUUUUCCUGGUCUAAAACCUUCACUCUGUUCACCAAUUCUGCUAUCUCUGCACCUAAACCCAUAAAUCAACCCCAAGAAGCUCAUCUCUCUGUUUUGCAUUUAUCUCUUGGAUUGGAGCUGCCUCAGUGUCUGCAAUCAACUGCUACCAACCUCAUUUCAUGGCCAAGACCAAACCUGGCAAGAAGGACCUUGAUUCCUACCCCAUCAAAGGCACCAAUAAAGUUGUUCGCCCUGGUGAUUGUGUUUUGAUGCGACCUUCUGACUCCGAUAAGCCUCCUUAUGUGGCGCGUGUUGAGAAGAUCGAGGCCGAUCAUCGCAACAACGUGAAAGUUCGAGUCAGAUGGUAUUAUCGACCAGAAGAGUCAAUUGGAGGGAGGAGACAGUUCCAUGGAGCUAAGGAGCUCUUUUUGUCGGACCAUUAUGAUGUGCAGAGUGCACAUACCAUUGAAGGAAAGUGCAUUGUGCACUCUUUUAAGAACUAUACCAAACUUGAGAAUGUUGGUGCUGAGGAUUAUUUUUGUAGGUUCGAGUACAAGGCUGCUACUGGCGGAUUCACGCCAGACCGGGUGGCAGUGUAUUGCAAAUGUGAGAUGCCCUAUAAUCCAGAUGAUCUCAUGGUGCAAUGUGAAGGAUGCAAGGAUUGGUUUCAUCCUUCUUGCAUGGGUAUGACCAUAGAAGAAGCAAAGAAAUUGGAUCACUUUUUGUGUUCUGACUGCUCCUCUGAGGAUGAUGCCAAAAGAUCUUUGAAUGCUUUCCCAGUAUCACCAUCUGUUGAGGCAAAGGUGGAGGUAAAGCGCAGGAAGAGAUGACAGAAUGAUCAAGGUGCGUAAGAUAAGAAGGUUCCCGUCUUCUUGAGCAUUUUCUGCCCAGUUGUUGUGGUUUUGUGGAAUUUGUACAGUGAGAGAACUGUACUCGCACAAACAAGACAUGUUCGCAUGUUGUAUUCUGAACGACAGAACGACUUUGAUCUUUGAUGUUUCUGUGAGUGCUAAUCUCUGCAAAACACGAAAGUCAUUUUAUUUAACCUUUUGAGCUAUUACAAUAGAUCAAACGUAAAAUGUUGCGGGAAACCUUCAGUUCGGUGUUGGAAUGCUAGUUGCUUGCAUAGAUUUUACGGUCUUUAAAACUGCUCCCCAUUUUUCAUGUUAACUAGCAUUUCUCAG